AUGGGAAUAGCAGACGAGCCCGAAGAAAGCUAUGAAGAUGUGAACUCUGCUGGCCCUGGAGCACCCACCCCACUGUCUGCUCUUGAGGGAGUCAAUGGUCUCACUGCUCGGGAUAUAAAACUUCUGGUAGAUGGAGGUUACCACACCGUGGAGGCUGUGGCCUAUACGCCAAAACGGAUGUUAGAACAAAUCAAAGGCAUAUCUGAGCAAAAAGCCUCUAAGGUGCUUACUGAAGCUCUCAAGAUAGUCCCAAUGGGAUUCACAACCGCAACGGAAAUGCAUGCUCGAAGAGCUGAUUUGAUAUGUAUUACUACUGGGUCAAAACAGCUGGACACUUUACUUGCGGGGGGAAUCGAGACAGGCUCCAUAACGGAGAUUUUCGGCGAGUUCCGGACUGGGAAAAGCCAGAUUUGCCAUACACUAGCAGUCACUUGCCAGUUACCCUUUGAUAUGGGUGGGGGGGAGGGAAAAUGUUUAUAUAUUGACACCGAAGGAACAUUCCGACCUGUGAGACUUUUGGCGGUCGCCCAGCGGUAUGGCUUAGCCGGUGACGAGGUCCUGGAUAAUGUCGCCUAUGCUCGAGCAUACAAUUCCGACCACCAGCUUCAAUUACUCAAUCAAGCUUCCCAAAUGAUGUGCGAGACUAGAUUUUCCCUCUUAAUUGUGGACUCGGCCACCUCGCUCUAUCGAACGGAUUUUAGUGGCCGAGGAGAACUUUCGUCGCGGCAAACCCACCUAGCUCGAUUCAUGCGUACUUUGCAGCGGCUUGCUGAUGAGUUUGGCAUUGCUGUUGUCAUCACCAAUCAGGUGGUUGCUCAAGUCGACGGUGGUCCAAGUGCCAUGUUCAACCCUGACCCGAAAAAGCCCAUUGGGGGAAAUAUAAUUGCACAUGCUAGCACAACGCGAUUAAGCCUUAAAAAAGGAAGAGGAGAAACCAGAAUUUGUAAGAUUUAUGAUAGUCCCUGUUUACCAGAAAGUGAUUGUUUGUUUGCAAUCAACGAGGACGGAAUAGGCGACCCAAGCCCCAAGGAUUUAGAAAAAGCGGAAUGA